AUGGACCGCCACGAGUCAGGCGAACCUGGUGACAUCAAGCUUGCGCGAGCUAUCGGAGUCAAGGAUGUAGAUGACGUGCCUGGCGAGUCUGCGCAACUAGCAGCGCUGGCCCAGGUGGCAGACCAAUCUCAUCCGACUGCGCCCACCGCCCCCAAGCAGGACAUUUCACAGCAUGCAGAUUCUGACGGACUAGCGGCGCCUAUCAAGACCUCCAUAGAAGGCAUCAAUGCCAAACGAGCAUCGCAAGACCACGAGCAUGUCGACCUGGCCGAGAAGCGAGCGCAAGAGGGCAAGGAUGAGAAAGAUGUCAUCGCUGCCAAGACGGAUCCCGUCGAGGAUCUGGGCUGGGAACCUGACGUCGAUGCUCCGGCUCCGCUUACUCUCGCAGGCGUCAGCAAUGACCAGCUCUGGAUCUUGCUUCGUCGUUUCAACAAGCAGAUGUACCACGUCAAGGCGCUCGAGGCACCCCCCAUGCAAGGCCUUGACCUCAAUAUCGCAGACGAGGAGGAGUUCUCGCCUGACAAGCUACGCGCGACCAUCGAGCGUCUCUACAUGACCGUCAUUGUUGGAAUGACAGCCUUUGCAAAACAGAUCGCAAGGUUGCGCUCGUGGCAAGAGCCGAGGAGGACGACUGCGUUCGCCGUAGCCUACACCUUUGCCUGGAUCUUCGGAAAGCUUGGACCUCUCUUUGUAUGUCUGUUGCUGCUCCUCAUCGUCCAUCCACCAGCGCGUGUAUACCUGUUCCCGCCAGCACCUCUGGCUCUCAUUGACGCAUCUACCGGCAAACGCAAGCAGACAGCCUCUGGCGAACUUGGCUCAAAAGACUCGCUGACUGGCGCGAGCGAAGAAUUCAAAGGCGAAGCGGUCGAGCAAGAAGCCUCGAAUUUCGUCAACUCGUUUGCUGCUAUUGCCGUUGGAUCUGCCGUGGGCAAAGGCGCGGCCUCGCAGGAAGAUCAUGUCGCAGAGAUGGAUGACACGUCCAGUACCUCUUCAAAGUCUCCGAAAGCGAAGCCAGACACUUUGCCAGACAUUACCGAUGUGACUGCCGCAACAGAUGCAAAGAAGAUUGCGCAAGGCGACAAAGUCUCGAAGAAGAGCGAUAAGACGAAAGAACCCGUGCAAGAAGCUAUGUGGACCAAGAUGCGACCCAUCAUGCACGCUAUCGGUGAUAUUGCAGACGGCUGGGAGCGAUUUGCAAACGCUCUUUCGCCGACCAAACCGUUCCCUCAGCAUACCGCCAGGCUCAAAUUUGCAGCCGCUCUUCUGCCGAUUCUAGUCGUGAGCUUCCUGCUGACCUCGGCUCUCGCUGUACGAAUGGCCACUUUCGGCAUCGGCUUUGCCUUCUUCGGCCAGCCCGCCAUCGACCGUGGUGUGCACGAACUCAAUGAGCGCGUGCCAGACUGGCCCAAGUAUCUCGAGCUCCGUCACUCGCUGCUCAAGGGCGUACCUACCAAUGCUCAAUUGACACUCACCCUGCUACGCGUCGCCGAGCGUAACAGAGCACCUUUGCCACCCCCUCCUGGCACUGCCGGCGGUGUGCCACCACCUGCGCCAGUCGUCGAUGAGAAAGGCGCAGUACUCGAUCACGAUUCGCCAGAAGGCAAGGAGAAGACCGAGCAAGAUAAGAAAGCAGACGCAAAACCCAAGAAGCAAUCCAAGCUCGUCAGCUUUAUCAAGUCUAGCACGCGAGCGGGUGUCGGCGCUGCCCUCGGUGCAGAUCGCGUCAAGGCUACUGUAGGCUCGGAAAGCUCGAAGAGGAGGAUCGGUGUCUUGUUCAGCUCGAUGGACGAGCCCGUCGACGGGCCAUCCUAUUACCAAGCACGUCUGCAUGGCAAGCGCGGCCAUCUCAAUGUACAGACAACCUCUACACCACCUUGCAUCGCAUUCUACAACACGUUUACGCUUGGCGCAGAAGCCAUCUGGACCUUGCCCAUCGCAGAUAUCCAGGAGCUCAAGAAAGUCGGAGGUCUUGGCUGGAAGAGCAAGCUCGUAGUGUCUUAUGCACUCAAUCUCGACAUUGUCGAUGGUCUAGCCAUCAUCGAUAAGCAAGGCAACUCGAAGCUACUGACCGCUAUCAAGCGACGAGACGAGUGCUUCAAUCGAUUGCUUUCUCUCGCCAACCACCAAUGGGAGAGCUGGUAG